CAAGUGCUCAGUCCCUUCCAGCGGCAGGCGGAGGGAAGAGAAAGGGUCUGUUGUUUUUCUCUCCUUGUUUCUCUCCCUCACUGCUGAUCACCAAGCUGCUGACCAGGUCAGAAAGCCCUAAUGGAAAUCCUCCAGUGCUGGGCAGGCUCCUCCUCCUUUGGGGAGCUUGUCCUUGACUGAUUUUUCUUUGUCCUGAUGGGAAAAAAGAGAGAGAGAGAAAGAAGAAAAAAGAAAACCCACAAACUUCCUUUGAAAACCAGCUUGUAGACAGGGCCUGGAGCGCACGCCCUAGACUCGGCGACUCAGAAACCCCGAAGACGCUCUGAGCGACCUGGGAGCACCUGGGCUGCACCCCUGCCUGCCUGCACCCUCCUCCAGUGCCCCCCGGUCGUGGGCGUGAGUCCGGAAGUAGCCACAAUCCAGCCAGGACCGCCGCUCGUAAACCUGGGUAAACCUGUAUAAGCUCUGGCGUUGACAGCUGGAAGGCAGCUGGGACUGUGGCGGCGCCCCUCCCUGUACCCACCUCCGCCAUCGCAUUGCCAGAGUUGAACACCCUUCUAAGUCCUGGAACAGCACCCACUUCUGUAAGGGAAGCUGACGCCACCCAAUGUCUUCAGUCCCACCGGAAUCAUCCCCCCCAAGCCUGAAAGUCCUGUACCCUUGUUGGUCCUAUCUGGUCACAGCAAGUUAGAGGUGAAAGAGCCUGGCCUGGGGCCCUUCUGUUUACCCCAAAGCUGUACUACCUGUAGCCAGGAGUGGCUAACAGACGCUAACCGAGCCUUUUGCACUACAUUCCUUUUCCAAGACUUUUCUGGCUCUGUUUGCGUUCCAGCCCAAUGAUUUCCUUCUUAUUGGAUCGUUCUCUCUUUUGCACAUCAAGCCUAGAUUAAGCCAGUCCCUGAGGACAGUAAAGUCCUUUGGUGGCCCUCAGUUGACCCCUCCUGACCAUGGAACACAAUCAGCCUGAGCAUCCAGUCCGUGGUGAGGCCAGGACUGCAGAGGUGGUCAGCCCUGAAAACCACGAGGUCCUGUCAGAACCCAAUGAGCCCCCUCAGGACAAGGAUGCCGAAGAGGCUGCUGGGGCAGCUGGAGAACAGGAGCCAGUAGAUGAAGCUUUGCUGCCGGCCCAGGGCCAGGAUAACCUCGAGUCUCCUCCACCUGAUGCUAGCUCAAGCCAACAAGGGCCAGCCCAGGGAACACAGCCUGAGGUAGAGACAGUGGGGGCCUGCUCCUGGCCCCAAGAGCUUCCCCAGUCCCCCAGGUCCCGACAACCUGAGCUAGACUUCUACUGUGUAAAGUGGAUCCCCUGGAAGGGAGAACGGACACCCAUCAUCACCCAGAGCACUAACGGCCCUUGCCCUCUCAUCGCCAUCAUGAACAUCCUUUUUCUUCAGUGGAAGGUGAAGCUGCCACCUCAGAAGGAAGUGAUCACAUCAGAUGAGCUCAUGGCCCAUCUUGGAGACUGCCUUCUGUCCAUCAAGCCCCAGGAGAAGUCAGAAGGACUUCAGCUUAAUUUUCAGCAGAAUGUGGACGAUGCAAUGACAGUGCUGCCUAAACUGGCUACAGGUCUGGAUGUCAAUGUGCGAUUCACAGGUGUCUCUGAUUUUGAGUAUACACCUGAGUGCAGCGUCUUUGACCUACUAGGCGUACCUCUGUACCAUGGCUGGCUUGUUGAUCCACAGAGUCCUGAGGCUGUGAGUGCAGUUGGGAAACUGAGUUACAACCAACUGGUAGAGAAGAUCAUCACCUGCAAGCACUCCAGUGACACCAACCUCGUGACAGAAGGCCUGAUUGCAGAGCAGUUCCUGGAGACCACCGCCGCACAGCUGACCUACCAUGGUCUGUGUGAGCUAACAACAGCUGCCAAGGAGGGCGAACUUAGCGUCUUUUUCCGGAACAACCACUUUAGCACUAUGACUAAGCACAAGGGUCACUUGUACCUACUGGUCACCGACCAGGGCUUUCUACAGGAGGAGCAAGUGGUGUGGGAGAGCCUGCACAACGUGGACGGAGACAGCUGUUUCUGUGACUCUGACUUUCACCUAAGUCACUCCCUAGGCAAGGGACCUGGAGCAGAAGGUGGGAGUGGCUCCCCAGAAAAGCAGCGGCAGGUGGACCAGGACUACCUGAUCGCCUUGUCCCUGCAGCAGCAGCCGUCGCAAGGCACAUUGGGUCUUAGCGACCUGGAGCUGGCCCAACAACUUCAGCAAGAGGAGUACCAACAGCACCAAGCCGCCCAGCCCGCGGGAGCACGGGCCCUGUCACCGCAGGUGGGUCUGCUCCCCCUGCCCUUAGCGCUGCCCCUCCAGCGUUCCCACAUCCCUGGCGUGCCACUCCUGCUUCCCCUGGUCCGGACACUUGUUAUUCCUGCCAUGUCUCUUCACGGUUUCCCUCACGGCCUUUCUCCUGUCUGUCCCUCUCCCCUGGGUCCCUUCCUGUCUUUCUCUCCCCACUGCCCCUCCCAAUCCUGACCCUGCUUCCAUCUAGAGUCUCUGUCCUGGGCUCUUCCACAGUUGAUGGGUGACCAACUGUUAAAUCUGAUACAGGGGAGAGGAGCUGCAUUUGGACGCCCAGCUGCCGAGCGUCGGCAAAGGCCGAAGCAAGAGUCCGACUGUGUCCUCCUGUAGCCCCGCUCAGUGCCAGGCUGCCUUGCCUCCGCUUUCAGAGGCUGGGGCUAUUUUGCUUGCUCCCCAGCUCAACUUGAGAUAUGCAGGGUAACUUAUUUAUGGGACGUUGGGGAUCAGAGCAGGCAGUAAAUGCCAAGGUCAGACUUGGUGACGUCUUUGCCCUCACGUGCUGCCUCCUCUUCCUCCCAACCAUCCCGGGCAACAUUGGGGUUGGUGGGGUGAGGAUUUCUGAUUCCCAACUCCCUUUCCCCAGAAUAGUCACAUUAAUAUACAGACUCAGGCUCCAGGGUGAGGUCCCUGUCUAGAACCCAUCUCCCCUACUUUCUGCUCCUGCAGGCCCACCCGUAUCCAUCCAUUUGUUUCAGGGUUUAAUUUUGGGUUUCUAUCUCCAUUAUUUGUAAUGCCUUCCUAGGGGUUUGGAAAUAAAACUUCUUUCCUGA